GCCAAUCUCUGGAAAAAUACUUAUUUAUUCCAUGGCACUACAGGUGAUACAAACUGAUUGCUACGGGAUUUUUCUCAACAUUACUUCAUGCAACAAUAUAUUGAUAAAAGUCAAAGCUCUCUUGCUGGCAAUCUCUUAACUUGUAGACAGCUCUACUUAUGGCCUCUUUAAGAAGAACACUGUUUGUGCUAACUCUACUUACAAGACAUUUACUAGUCGCUAGUUGUAUGCUCUAUCCUUCACCCUGGUGUUGGCUUUUUAAGAGGGUUUGACUUUAGCUCAUAACUAGCAUAGUUAGGCUAGAUUCCCUUUGGUUUUGUUACAUGGGAAUUUUGUGCAUGAAAAGUCUAUUUUUUUUCCCAGGGGAGUAAUUUUGUUCUUUUUUUGGUUGUUUUUGUACAAGGUUAUAUUUUGCCAGCCAAAUCUGCAAUAUAAUAUCCACAAAAACUCCAAUCCAAGUAAUGUAGCCUGGCCCCUUGUUUAUAGGCUGCAAACAAAUAAGUUUUGACAGUCCUUAAAUACCUUUCUUUUCCUCUUUUUCUCUAACAGAUGUUGUUAACAAAUAAAGAAUCACUUUUAGCUGGUAUAUGUGGAAUGGUGAGUGAAUUAAGUUAAUUUUGAAACUAACCUAGGCAAAGCCUGGGACACUCUUAUGCAUUCCAACUCAUGAUUAAAAAUGUAAAACACUUUUCUCAGUUUUUCCUUAAGAAUUAAUAUCUUUAUUUCCUCACAAAAAUCUGUGAAACGUAGAGUACAAUAAUGGGGUAGACAACCCUUGCUUUUUUUUUUAAACAGUUAAUGUGGUUUCUUUCCCAUAAAAAGGGUAUGAGAAUUCUAAAAAUUAUCACCAAAGGGAAAAUUCUUUGAUCCUUUAUCAAAUUCUCACAACUAAUCCUAAGCUGCCGAGCAGGAGCCUGCUGGUUCAAACCCUAGGCGGACCAACACUCAGGGUGUUUGAAUAACUGAGGAGAAAGUGCUGCCUUUGUAAAGACAUCUACAAACCAUUAGACUUUCUAGUCUUCUUGGAUACGUACGAUAAACCCUAGGCCCAGUCUCACAAGCCUUGAACAAAUAACCAUUCUUAACGAGUAGGGGAUGUAGUCCUCAGUGUGGUGGUCUAUCUCUCUUAGGGAAAGGGAACAAUAAUUUAACUGGAUACCUUCAAAUCUUUCGCUUCACAGAAAAUGUCAUUCUCUUAACCAGGCACAGGGUGUCUGCUGAAAAUGGUGUAUGCUUUAUAAAAAAGGGAAAAUAAAAAUAAGGCAAACCUGUAAGUUUUACCUUUUUUUAAUUGUAGGUGGCAGGAAUAAUCUAUAGGUUUAACUUGUUCUAUGUUCAGCGAUGGCUUAAGCUACCAGAAUUUAUGACAGGUGCUGUCUCUAGAACUUUUGGCAACUUGUUUGCCUCUCAAGGGCCUACUUCUCAGCCAUACGCCAUGGGUGCAACAAUAGAAAUCCAGCGUCAACAGCAGAUGGAGCACUAUGAACAACAGGCUCUGAGAGUGGCAAGGAUGGGAAGUCUAAGAAACAGGGUAUUGCUUAAGAAACUCCAUAUACUGCAAAUAAUAUUUUUACAGUCAAACCAUCUGAGUUGUCAAAGUAAGCGGCCACUCCGGGGAUAUUUUAUUUAAAAAACACCAUCCGUAAAGAAAUGUCAAGCAGAGUAGCCGACCAAUACUAACCAAGUAGGCGACGAUUUUUGCUGGCAGCCAGCUACUUUUGACAACCCUGUGCUGUAUGGACACCCACUUAAUACACACACAGACACCUCAUCAUUACAGACAGCUUGCUUUGUCUCUGGGGAAAGCCCUUACAUUAUCUGUAAACUCAAUCCACUUAAUAUGGACACCAUGUUAAUACAGACACUUUCUAUCACCCCCUCAGUGUCCAUAUUAACCCUUUAAACCCUAAGAUCAAAAUUGAGAAUCUCAUUUACUGUUCUUAUACUUUUUCAAUGGAAGUAGUGAGGAGAAUUUGUUGAAAUAUCAAUUAGACUCGUCUUCCCUGAUCAUGUACUCAAUUCUCAUGUCUACUCUGUUUUACAAAGCACUGAUAUUACAAGGAGAAAUUUGAUGCUGGUCACUCUUAGGGCUUAAAGGGUUAAUGGGAUUUGAUUGUAAUAUAUUAUUAAUUUGAAUAUUUUAAUUUCUAAUUCUCUCAUCCCAAGGGUUCCAAAUGUAAAGAAUGUUGGUCUAAAGUGUUUUUGAAAUGCAGAACAUUUUUUGAAUCUUUUUGUCCAGCUCUAAGCACAACCUAGAUAUGAUUUUUGGAACUCCAUUGCCAUGCUAUUGAUUUCAGUAGUUCUCAUUCUUUUACCUUCUGCUGGUUGCUAUGUUUUUUUUUUCACUCAUGAGAGUGAAAAGCUUGUAAAAGCUUGCCAUAAUAGGGGUAGGGCCAAAUGAAACAUAAGCAACAAGGCUCACAUGUUCAGAUCCCUAGAGCUUAUCUAAGUUUCUGUAGUAUGAUUCAAGCACCAAGAAGUGUUGGUACCCCCUUGCCCCCCUGGAUGGCAUGCUAGUCCAUUGCACCUAGACCUGUUCAUUCAUACUCCUUGGUGAAAAGAGACGCAGCAAGUAUCUGGUCUGAAGAAAUUGCAACCACAAGGCUGAAUCAAGCACUAUAUAUUCAGGUGUUAACUGCCCAGCCACCAGACGUCCUUCCAUAUCAGAAACUAAGCGAAAUUCCUCGAUAAAACAAGACAUCUUUCUUGAGGCCCUGUUAGGCUAAAAUUCAUAACAAAUGAAAUGGCCUUGAAACAGCAACAAAAGACUGCAGAAAGCAGCGUUCCAGUAAAUUCUUUCAAGCAGGGGUCAUGUAGACCAUCUGAGGGAUCACCAAGACCAAGUGCUAAUUUUUUUUGUUAUAUUAUUAUUAUUUAUUUUAACUUAACACUUAUAUGUCAUCUGUCGGGUCAGGAAGCCUUCUUUGUCGGGUCAUUGGCCAGAAACCUGCCUCUUAUCAGGAAAACUGAGAAAGGGCGACAAACAACACAAAGAUGAGUUGAAACUGAGACAGUGACAGAGAAAAGCGCAAAUACAACAUUAAUUGUAAAAUAGCGAUAGCAACAUGGCUUUCUCCUCAAUAUGCAAAAUGAUACGUAACCCCCCCUAAGAGGACCUCAUAUUUAUUCAUGUUGUGCAUUUUCCCUGAAGGGUCCAGCAGCACGCAUGGGACAAGGAUAUGCAGAUGUCUUGGUUCCUCCUGCGGCUGGAGGAUGGUUGUGGGGUGGAGCAGCACCUAAUCACCCUGCAGCACGACUGAAUGAUUGGCAGCUUGAUCGGCACACAGAUGAGGACAAUGCAAACCUUCCUCAGCAGCCUGCGGGGGAAGUGUCUGAGGAGCAGGUAUGAGAAAGAAACCCUUGUCGAGCGAGAUUCACAUUUCUGUGAAUGACUGCAAGUGCUUACUGUUCUUGAGUUACUGUAAUACAGGGGUCAAUUCAAUGAAACUUCUACGAGUCUAAUUUACAAGAACAAUGUAGCUAUUGUUUUCAGACUCUAAAAAAAUGGCCACACUUAUAAAUUAAACUUGUAAAAGUUUUCUAUUGUUAAAUUGACCCAGCUCGCAGUGAUGUGCAAUAAUAUGGCAACUCAGGUCGCAGCAGGAAAAUGCUUACAAUGGAUGCAGCCAACUGUGCGUUUAAUCAUUGCAAUGACAUGCUUGUGGUGUUGGUUCAAGAGUUCUAUUCAUUUGUCAGUCAGCCUCUGUGCUGUUGAUUUCUCUUGGUUUGUCAGUGAUAAUGUGCUUUAUGAUAACAGUCGACAGACACCUCUAUAAGAAUGGACAUUUCUGUAAAAUGGACACUUAAAGUUGGUCCCUGUCUUUCUUUACGGACCCUUUAUUUAACUCUCUAUAAGACGGACAUCUCUGUGAAACAGACACCUAAAGUUGGUCCCUGUCUUUCUUUACUGACCCUUUGACUCUCUAUAAGACGGACAUGUCUGUGUAACAGACACCUAAAGUUGGUCCCUGUCUUUCUUUACUGACCCUUUAUUUGACUGUCGAUAAGAUGGACAUCUCUCUAAGAGGGACACUUCAUGUCACUCCCAAAGGUGUGCAUCUUAUAGCUUGUGAGCAAGCUCUCUGGGGCACUCUGGCAGUGGGGCAAGAAACGGGAUUUUCUCUGGAAUUUUGAAUUCUACCUCCAAUUCCCCUGUGGCUCUGCAUUGACUGAGCUGUCAGAUUUCUGCCAAUCAGCAUAAAGCAGCAAAAAAACGAAUGUAGACAAACAUUGAAAAACACGUGCCAAGCAUAAUGAUGUCAUUACUAAUUUAUUAAUGUCAUCUCUUCCAAUCAGCAUUUCACAUCAACUUUUUCGAUGCAGAUAUUCAAAUUCUGGAGACAUAGUUGCAAGCUCUUCUUCCUUUUCCUGCCCCGCCGCCAAAGCGCACCAAAGAACUUGCUCACAGGCUAUCCAUCUUCAAGAGUUGACUAUACAGACAAUCAUUGCUACUGCAUUGGUAACACAUGGCUGUACUGUAUUUCAGGUUCAAACACUUGUAGAGAUGGGUUUCUCUAGACUAGCUGUACUCCAUGCUCUUGCGACAAGCAAUAAUGAUAUCACCAUGGCAACAAACAUCUUACUGUCGCAGACAUAG